CAUGGAAAGUACAAGGGUGAGGUUAAGGCUGAAGGCGGCAAGUUGGUCAUUGAUGGUCACGCUAUCACCGUCUUCAGCGAGAGGGAUCCAGCCAACAUUAAAUGGGGUGAUGCAGGUGCUGAUUAUGUUGUGGAGUCUACUGGUGUCUUCACCACCAUUGAGAAGGCUUCUGCUCACCUUAAGGGUGGUGCCAAGAGGGUCAUCAUCUCUGCACCCAGUGCAGAUGCCCCUAUGUUUGUCAUGGGUGUCAACCACGAGAAAUAUGAUAAUUCCCUUAAAGUUGUCAG